AUGGUGAGCGAAGUGAUGGUUGAGUUGCAUGACUUUGUGCAUGGUGGCGGCUUGCAGGACAGUUCAUAUGUUCCUUUGAACUCGCCGUUGAGGUUGCGGUUUCAGUACAGCGUGAGUCACACCGUGGAGAAACCAAAGUGGGCUCUUACAUUUGUCGCUGAUAUCGCUGAUAAGCGCCGUGUUGUGGAGUUACUGCCCCCAAUGAAUGUAAAAAAUGAGCUGAUGCACGAGCCUUAUAAAACAUAUGAUGGCGUGCCACCGCUUUCACCAGGGGAGCGAUACGUGGCGGAGUUUCAAAUUGAAACCAUGAAUUUGACUGGUGUGGAGAGGAAAUAUCUCGAGCAUGUCGGCGCGUUGCAGUUGGUGCUUAUGUCAGACACGAAACGUGUGUCGGAGCUAACAGUUGUUGUUCAGGUGAAACGGAAUGAUUCCGGUGAGUUGAUGCGACGAGUUCUAAGCCCUAUGGUGUAA